ACUAAUGGACAACAUCACAUUUCUUUUUCUACUUUCCUUUGUGUUGACAUGCAUUCAUGUCCUUGUCUCCAACCCAAUUCGCCGGAGGUCCGGCAAGACCAGGCUCCCACCGGGCCCUUACGCUUUUCCGGUGAUCGGAAACAUUUUAGCACUUGGCAACAAACCACAUAAGUCAUUAACCACCUUGUCCAAAACACUUUCUUCUCCGCUGAUUUGGCUCAUUAUCAAUCCAACUCGCCUCAAGAAAUCAAGGACAUUGUGUGGUCUGUGAUGGAAUUUUCAGGGAAGCCUAAUAUUGCAGACUAUUUCCCUCUACUUAAAUUGAUCGACCCACAACGUGUUCGGCGACAGCUGAAGUUUUAUUUUGAAAAGUUGCUAGAGAUAUUUGAAGAAAUUAUCAAUCAAAGGUUACAAUCAAGAGUAGCUUCCUCUGUGUUGGGAAAUGAUGUCUUAGAGACCCUCCUCAAUCUCACCGAAGAUAAGGAUACUGGGUUGAGCGUCAGUGAAGUAAAGCGUUUGAUUCUGGACUUAUUUCUUGCUGGGACUGAUACAACAACAGCCACAUUAGAAUGGGCAAUGGCAGAGCUAAUAAAAAAGCCUGAAGCGAUGGCAAAAGCUCGAAAUGAGCUGGAAGAAGUGAUUGGCAGGGAUGGACAUAGACUAGUUCAAGAAUCAGACAUCCCAACCCUCCCUUACUUGCAAGCAGUGGUAAAAGAGACCUUCCGGUUGCACCCAGUUGGCCCACUUCUAGUUCCUCACAAGGCUGAAGCUGAUGUAGAAAUAUGUGGCUUCACUGUCCCCAAAAAUGCACAAGUCCUUAUUAACGUUUGGGCUAUGGGGCGCGAUCCAAACAUCUGGUCGAACCCAAGUUUAUUUUUGCCGGAAAGGUUCUUAGAGCAUAAAACGGACUUUAAAGGCCAAGAUUUCGAGCUAAUUCCUUUUGGUGGAGGACGAAGGGUGUGCCCCGGAAUGCCUUUGGCCUCUCGGAUGUUGCACCUCAUGUUGGCCUCUCUUUUGCAGUCUUUCGACUGGAAGCCUGAAGAAGGGGUGAAACCAGAAGAUAUUGACAUGACUGACAAGUUCGGGCUUACAUUGCAGAAAGCCAAGCCCCUCAAGGCUAUUGCAAUUAAACUGUGACUGUCAAUCUAGGAAUUUCCUAUGACUAGAUAAUUGGCUUUCUAUAUAUUUGCUUUGUUCUCCUAAAACAACCAAAAUAAAUUUAUCUAGCUCUAUGCAAUUCAACUUUUCUUCAGUCCCAGAUGAUGUAGAAAUUCUUCUACUUCCAUGAUAAUAGUAACA